CCGUCAUUCACUCUUCACCACCGUCAUGCUCCGCGCUGCUCUUCCUCUUGCCAUGGUUGCCUCCGCCGCUGCCUUUGCUCCGGCGUUCCAGCCUGCCCUCCGCACUGGAACUACCAUGUCCAUGUCCAUGGAUAGGAGACAGGUUGUGCAGGGCGCUGCCUUGGCCGGUGCCGUCGCUCCCUUCCUCGGAGGCGUUCAGCAGGCCUCCGCUGCCGCCAAGAUGCCCGCCGAUAGCUACACCCCCAUCAUCACCAUUUUUGAUGCUCGCGGAUGCCCACGUGGUGCUGGAGAGUACGAGGGAUCCCCUGCUGGUGACAACAACGACGAGAUGGCUGUCAAGGUCGUCUUGAGAAAGCUCGAGCCCGACACUGGCUUCGCUGAGCAGAUCAAGGCUGAGACUCUUGGCCUCAUGUCCAAGGGCCCCACCCAGGUCUCUGCAUCAUCCAAGAAGUAAACCGAUUCUUUUCUGAUGUUAAUUUUUUCUCGAAAACCUUUUGUAAUUAUUGAUAAAUGACCGGAACCG